AUGCCGCCAGUUACCCCAUCUGUCAUCUACGCUCUCUCCAGAGUCCUUCCUUACACUCAAACCUCUCUCAAACCUCGAGAUUCAGAACCCAGCGACGACGAUGACAAGGGUACCUUAAAGAUCGAACCCGAUGCAUUUCUUAAAGCUUUGUCACUGCUACUUGUGGAAUGGCCUACAAAUGAAAUUACAGCAGUGGUAAUGAUUCGAGAUCUGCCACAUACAACAGUCCUCUUUGCAGGGUCCAAACCGUUUAGUACAUCCGAAAGAAAUAAUUUUGAAAUGGUUCAGCAUUUCUUAGGCAGUCCAGAAGUAGUUAAAUCUGCAUCCUUUCUAUUUUUGGCCAUGCAACAUUGUCACGCACGGAUUAUAUCUCGAGCAGCGAGGCUAGGAGGAGUCGGAAACGCAUUGGGGAUUACGCUAGAUACAGCAGAUAGGGAUUCGAUGUGGACUCCGGAUAGGGACUUUAUGACUACUGUUCCGGACAGGGACUUUACGAUGAUCUGCGUUCCAGAUGAGGAAACCGUUUGGAAGUAUAUUUUGUCCCAGUAUGGCACUAAAGGACUGGAGAAAAGCUCCUUGAGAAGGGAAAUACAGCUACUAUUCCUCAAUGCGCCAAGGUUAGACUCGUAUAGACACCUUAUAGAGGAUUAUCUGCGGAUGGCUAUGUUACUCUCCGAGGUUUUAACCAACGGGUUAGAGCUUUGGAGCACAGGGGCUAUUGCUGGAUUACCUUUAAGUAAUGAGGAUGGUGGAAAGUGUGGCGUUUUCCUUGCUAAAAAAGAGUUCGGAAUGAGUGGGGCAGAGUUGGAGAAGGUUUACGAAGAGUCUGAGGUGCUUAUGUGCAAGGUUGUGGAUGCCGUCAGGGAUGUUGGGGCUUAUGCUAAAGGUGCUGAGGAUAUAAUGGCUUUCAUAAACGCGAAUCCGGAGUUUAGGAAGUCGCUUCGAGAGAGAGAGACUUUUUUUUACGAGGUUCCACCGAAAAUACCCUUAAUACCAGUUGAAAUCAUAGGAAAACCCGUCAACCUGAUCAACAAGUUUUUACGAAAAUCUGGAAGGGCAGCUAUUACAGAUGCAAGAAUCAUGAAAGCUUUCCCAAAUUUACCGGAGUCAAGACUUGGAAGCACUAGCCAAACGGUGGCAUGCAAUGCCCAUUGCGGAAUUCACCUUAUCUUGUCUGCCAUAAGAAGGGGGUAUUCAAGGCACCCAUCUCAUAAGAUAAACAUAAGCUACGGGUUUUCAGAGAAUAGUUGCUAUCUCUGUGAAACUUAUAUCGAGGUCUUGAAACGUCACUUGGUUGGGGAAGAAUUAAAGAAAUUUUUAGCUCCUCCUGAGAAAACUGAAACACGUCGACAGCAACAUGAUGAAGAUUCGGAUGAUUUGUCGAUGAUUAUGUCACAUUUGAAGGGACUCACCGUCCAGCCUGGAAAGACCCUAAGAGGCUGGUUCUCGGGCGUGGCACAACUGGCCCCAGGAGUGAAGUCUUCAAAUAGUGACCCUCCAAGGGAGCUCGAGCUGUCCGAAGAAUCCACAAGGCAACAAGACCUUGAGCAAGAAGAAAAGCUGGAGAAUCCCGGUUACUCAAGAGGAUAUAGAGAAAUAUGUGGAGAAUGGCGAUUUCCGAAAGGUACGCCAGGAGUAGUGGUAAGGGAAGUUGAGAAAGUUAUUGAAGAAAGACUGCGGUACAUUUAUUCCACCACGAGGGCUUCUGAGAAGAAAUCCGAGGACUUGAAAGCACCCGAAGACCUACCACCGACGAUAAUGGAGGCUCGCAAUAACUUAUAG